GCCGUGGGAUUACAAGGGGUUCAGUAGAACUGUGUGAGUGGCGCAGCUAAUGGGGGGAGAGAUGGAUUUGGUAGGGAAGCUGCAACAACAAGCAGAAGAAUGGAUUACCACACUGGAGGAGGGAUGCAAGCAGAUGCAGACGAUAGUGGGGUUGCUUAUGCAGCGGCAGCAUGAAGGGGGGGAGAUCGAUGCGAUCUCGAUGGACCAGUGGUUGGAAGAUAGGAUUCAGGAGUUGUUAGACAUCUUGUGGGAGCUGGAGGAGGGGCCGGAUCCCCGGCUUGAAGUCUACAUCGACUGGAGGCGGGCGGAUGACAGGUUGGCUGCCUGCAGAACCCUCUUAGCAUUGGGGCGAGAUCUACGCAAUCAGUUGGAGUUUCGGUAUGGAUUGCUGGCAAGUGAAGAUGAUUACGGCGAAAACACCGAUAACAGCAACAACAUCAGCUACAGCGACAUCAAGGAUGGGGAUGGUGUCAACAAUAACAAUGAUGGGGGGGGCGACGUCCAAGGCUACAACAUGAUGGGAGUGAUACUGCAGGUGGGCGCGGAAGAUAAUGGAGACGUCAACAACAACAACAUCAACAACAACAAUAACAACAAUAUCAACCAUAGCAACAAUAACAAAAAUGAUGGUGCGCAGGGAUUGGGAUUGGGCGAAAUGGGCGAAGGGGGUGUGAAGGAUGACAGCAACAUUAACAACGAUGGCGAGAACAACAACGACGACAACAACAACAACAACAACAACAACAACAACAACAACAACAACAACAGCAACAUGAUCAACCAUAAUUGUGACGAUGGCGGCAACGACAACCACGGGAACAGAGGGAAAGAGAGGGGAGGAUGCUACAACAACAAUGAGAGCUAUAAUGAUAGUAUCAAUGUCGGAUUCAUCAUUGAUAGCGGAGAUUGAGUCAGCAGCAUGCUCAGCAGCAAGCGCACUUUGAUAAAAAAUCAUAAACCGA